AUGAGUGACAUUGGUAGGCCGCAAACAGUUGCGCAAAAAACUAGAAAGGGUAAGCGUGCAUGGAGAAAGAAUGUGGACAUAUCUGAUCUAGAAGCACGAUUACAGGAGCAAAGAGAGGAAAUCAUUCAUCAUGGUAAAGCACUAACAGACCUUGCUAGUGAGGACUUGUUUUUGAUUGAUGAGGAGGCUGAUGAAGAAGUAGAAAGGAAGAUGAAAAGGGCCAAUGUAAAGAAGCUCAAGUCAUCUGAGAUUUUAGAGAACAAAUCCAAAGUUCCUGCGUUAUUAUCUAAGGUUGGAAAAUCGCAAAAGAAGAAAAAAGACAAUAAGAUCCAAGGCGUUGAAAAGAAAGAAAUGAUUCACCUGCUCAAGCUAGCUGGCAAAGUUAAAGGGUAUGAUAAAACUGAAGAGAGAAUGGCUAAGGAAGGUAUAAUCAGGUCCGAAGCAUAUGAUGUUUGGGGAACGAAACUGGAGGAAGAGUUGAGAUAUGAAAAAUUACCUAGUCCUUUGAAGGAAAACAGUACAGUGUCCUACACUCAUCCAUUAAGCGUGCCGAAGACCCUCAAGGAAGCGCCAAUUAAAAUCAGGAAACAAGAACUUAUUCCACAUGCAGGUAAAUCGUAUAACCCAUCUUUUGAUAACUGGAGGAAUCUGAUUGAGCAAGAAUUUUUCAAGGAAAAAACAAAGGAAGAUCAAAGACUAACUUUAGAAGAGUAUAGGGAUAGAAUCCAGUACUUGAUUGCCAACUAUGAGGAUAACGAAGUUAUCCAAGAGGAUGAUAGUGGAAAUGAUGAGAGCGUUCUAGAUGGAAGCGAUGGAGAUCCAGAAGUCACCAGUGGCGAAAAUGAAUCACAGGAUGUGACAGCGAAAGCAAGUGAAACUGAAUUCAAGCUCUCUAUAAACCCAGCGACGAAAUUAAAGAUUAAAACUAAGGCUCAAAGAAACAAGGAGCAACGUUACAAGGAGAAGCAAAAGUUACAAGCAGAGCUAAAGGAAAUCAAACUUCGAAUCAAAGAGUUGGAAAAAUUGCCGGAGAUUUUGAAUGACGUUGAUGAAAAGAGCAAGAGAACAUCUGAGAAAGCUGCUGGUGAGAGCAAGGAUGAAAGAAGACUAAGAUUGGGUAAGAAGAAGUUAGGCUCAAAAUUCGAACCAAUCGAAGGUCCGCUUGAAGUGAAACUCAGUAACGAAUUAAGUGAUUCUUUAAGGAAGUUGAAACCAGAGGGUAAUUUACUUUAUGACCAAAUGAAGAACCUACAAUCCAAGGGUAUGAUCGAAACCAGGAGAAUCAACAAGGGUAAGAAAGGCAAAAAGAAAGUUACCGAGAAAUGGUCCUACAAGGAUUUUAAAUAG